AUGGCAUCUUCAUUACGCGCCGCUAGUUCCAAUGUCGCAAAUCGUACAGUUCAUGUUAAAAUCUUUCCUUCUGCGAGAACAUUUGCGGAGAGGAGGGAGGUUUUGAGGGUUUUGGAGAGGUUUGGUGAGGUGUGUAUGUUUAGGUGUUUGAAGCACCACCCCAUAUCCCCCAUCCAAAACGCAUUCAUCUCAAUCUUCGCCUCCGCAACCGCAGCCCAAGAAAUCAUAAACGCAAGUCCAGUCCGCUAUCGUUUAACCGUCGAACGCAAUCCCUCUCUCCCUAACGAUGUAAAUCCAUCCCCAGCACCGACCAGUAACUCGAAACCAAUCGAAAAAAUCUUUUCUCUUUCUCUCAAUAUCUCCCGGUAUACGCAUGAUCAGUAUAUUUCUCAUCCGCUUACGAAUCCUCUUUAUGGUCCUUUUAAACCAAUUGAUCAUAAGAGAUCGGGGAUAGCGGCGCAUUUGGGGAAGAGUAUUGAGGGGAGGUUGUGGAGUAAGGGGUUGGUGGAUUGGGAGAGUGAUAAUGGGAGGAGGAGUGGAUGGAAUGAAGAAGAGGGGGAAGGGGCUGCGAGGGCGCAGAGGAAUGAUAGGGCUAGUUCGAGUGUGCCGUUGAGAUUGGUGGAGAGGGAUUUGGAGGUUAGGAGGGAGGGGAGACCGAGGGUUAUGGAGGGGUUGGUGGGGUUGAUUGGGAAGGAAAAGGGGGAGGGGAGUGUGUGA